AUGUCGUUAAAAGUUAGUGGUGCUUUAUAUCGUAGCAAAAAGAAACCAGAUGGAGUACUCCAUGGUGGUAGACUUGAGUAUGUCUAUUUUGUUUUCCAGAGAAGACUUCAGAAAGAGUUGAUGGCGCUGAUGAGGGAGCCCCCGCCCGGUGUCACCGUGGACGGGGACCAGGCAGGGCAGAAUUUACAACAGUGGGUUGUGAAUAUGGAUGGUGUGGAAGGCACUCUGUAUGAAGGAGAACAUUUUCAGUUGCAAUUUAAGUUUACGAAUAAAUAUCCAUUCGAUUCACCAGAGGUGACUUUCAUCGGCCAGAACAUACCGGUACACCCACACGUUUAUUCGAAUGGGCACAUCUGCCUAUCGAUUCUAACUGAUGACUGGUCGCCUGCACUGUCCGUCCAGGCCGUCUGCCUCAGCAUUGCAUCGAUGCUGAGCUCGUGCAAAGAGAAGAAGCGACCACCAGAUAACUCGUUUUACGUUAAGACGUGCAAUAAGAAUCCUAAGAAGACUAAGUGGUGGUACCAUGAUGACUCGGUUUAAUCCAAGAUGAGAGUAUUGGAUCGACUUGUUUGUGAGCAGAGUAUAUUUUGAAAAUAUAUCAAUGUAUUAGGCUAUGUAAAAGUGAUUAAGUUUUGUAUAAUUAGUAAUAGUUAAUAAAUUAAUUACGAGAUAUAGUAACCUCAGAUAAUAG